CACACACACACACACCCACCCAUGCGACGUGCACACAUCCAAGCGCACACACACUCACACACACACACUCACACACACGUGAUCAGAGACAGCAGUAGGUUUGAGUGAGCAGCACUGCAACCACGAUCAUCAAGAUGUCUCAGGUGUCUCAGGUGGUGUUGAAGCUGGAUGCUGCAGAGGCUCAGGGCCUGAAACACAGAAUCAACUUCAAGAAAAAUAAAGAUGGAAAAUGUUUCAUCAUCUACAAAGAUAAAGACGUGAUACGAGCCUGCAGGAACCAGUGCAAACACCAAGGAGGAUUAUUCACCCAGGACAUGGAGGACAUGGACGGCAGGACAGUUCGCUGCUCUAACCAUUUCUGGAAGCUGAACGUGGCGACCAUGGAGUACAUCAAUCCUCCAGAUAGCUUCAUACAGGACAAACUCGAGGUGGUACGUUGUGAAGACGGGGGAUUGGAGUUUGUGGAGUUGGACCCUCCUGACCCUUGGACAGCUGAUCCCAGACCUGCUGAGGAGCUACAGCCUGGAGAGGUUACGCUGACUUACAUCACACACGCAUGUAUGGAAGUGAAGGCGGGGUCGAAGAGGAUGAUGUUUGAUCCGUGGUUGGUGGGUCCAGCAUUCGCUCGGGGUUGGUGGCUUUUACACGAACCUCCACCUGAUGCACUGGAGAGACUCUACACUGCAGAUCUGAUCUACAUCAGCCACAUGCACUCAGACCACCUCAGCUAUCCCACUCUGAAGUUACUCGCUGAGAGAAGAUCAGAUUUACCAAUAUACGUUGGAAACACAGAACGUCCCGUUUUCUGGUAUCUCGAGAAAAGCGGCGUGAAUCUGACUAACAUCAACGUUGUUCCAUUUGGCAUCUGGCAGAACGUAGAUGAACAUUUGCGGUUUAUGAUCCUGAUGGACGGCGUUCACCCGGAGAUGGACACCUGCAUUAUUGUGGAAUAUAAAGGUCACAAGAUCCUGAACACAGUGGACUGUACAAGCCCCAAUAAUGGCCGCCUCCCGCACGGAGUGGACGUGAUGCUGAGCGACUUCGCUGGAGGAGCUUCAGGAUUCCCCAUGACUUUCACUGGAGGAAAAUACACUGAGAGCUGGAAGGUAAAUUUUAUCAAAACUGAGAGGAGGAAGCUGUUGAACUAUAAAGCUCAGCUGGUGAAGUCCCUGCGGCCGAAAGUGUACAGUCCGAUCGCUGGCUACUUCACAGAGGCUCAUCCAUCUGACAGGUACAUAAAGGAGACGAACAAGAAGAAUGACCCUGUGGAACUGAACAGACUGAUAAAUCGAACGUGUCCUGAGAUUUUCACCUGGACUCCUGUACCAGGGGCCGUCCUGGACCUGUGUCUCGCUCUCACUCAAAGGGACGCAGUCACCGAGCCUCCGAGUGGGAUGAAGAUCUUUAAGGAUAGCUGGGACUUUAAUGUUUAUUUGGACGAACUGAACACUGCGGUCUCGUCCCAAAUCUUCAAACACAAACGUUGGAUAGCAUUUUACUAUCAGUGGGCCGCUUUUCGAAACUACAACCUGGUCAUACGGGUGAUAGAGACAGACGAUGAGUUCCAGCCGCUGAAGGACGGAUACGAUUACCUGGUGGACUUUCUAGAUCUUUCUUUCCCCUUAUCGAGACCAGACAGAGAGCACUCCUACUUAGAGGUUAAGAACAGAGUGAAUGUGAUGAGAUACGUGGUGUUGCAUGGCCUGCUGUGGGACGAUCUGUACAUCGGCUUCAGCAACCAAAUCAGCCGAGAUCCAGACAUCUACCAUCACAAGGCCUCAAAGGUAUUUGGACAAUUGACUGACAAGAAGUUAAUUGACCAGGUGCAGUCCAUUCCCUCGUUACUUCAAGACAAAUGAAGCAGAUAAAAGGUCUGGAGUUGAUAUCAGGUAUUGAGUUGGCAUUUGGCAGCUGUUCAACUGGAGCUACCGAUAUGAAGUCCAAGGAGAUCUCAAUGCAAGUGAAGGAGGCCAUCAUUAGGCUGAAAAAACAACAUAAAUCUAUAAGAGAGAGAGCAAAAACCUUAGGUGUGGCCAAAUCAACAGUUGGGUACAUUCUUAAAAAGAAAGAAAGCACUGGAGAGCUCAACAACAUCGAAAGGCCUGGAAGACAAUGGAAGACAACUAAAGUGGAUAAUCACAAAAUCCUUUCCUUGGUGAAGAAAAACCCCUUCACAACAUCAACAGAAGUCAGGAAUACUCUGGAGAAGGUAGGCGUAUCAUUGUCAAAAUCUACAAUCAAGAGACGCCUUCAUGAAUGUAAAUACAGAGGGUUUACAACAAGGUGCAAACCACUGGUAACAUUCAAGAACAGGAAAGCCAGAUUAGACUUUGCCAGAAAACAUCUAAAAAAGCCUGACAUGUUCUGGAAUAAGAUUCUUUUGACUGAUGAAAGCAAGAUUAACUUGUACCAGAAUGAUGGGAAGAGAAAAGUAUGGCGAAA